AGUAGAUAAAGUAGUCAAGCACUACUCGGCGUCCUGCUCGUACUGCUCAUGAUCACAAUUCCUGCCGUACUCCUGCUUCGGCGCACGACCGCACGGUCACUUGGUCAGUGUGUGUUCGCUCGCGGCGCAACGACGUCGCACACCGCCGCCGCCGAUAAAUGGACCGAACACAUUUGCAGGCGUCGCGAUGAUUAACUGAAAUUAUCCGAAUUGAACGCAGCGAGGGGAGCGCGAGCCGGAAGCGAUUGCGAGACAAUGAUAAUACGCACAUAACGGCGACGAUCUCGGCCGGCCACGCGAAGAGCGCAGCAACAACCAAUACUCGAAACCAAAACAACCGCAUUGAAGAUGAACGUGUUGCUGCGGCAGAUCAACAGCUUGGGAUGGAAACGAAUGUUCAUGUUGUUCUUCACCUUCUGGCUGCUCAUCUUCAUACUCACGAUUCUGCCUAUGUUCAACGCGCAAGUGAAUAACAACGAUGCAAAGACUGCUGAGAGGUUGGCCAGAGCACUUAGUGAGCUUGAAGCUCUUCGCAAGCAGAACACUGAACUGCAUGAACUCUUCAAAGAUAUUAACAUAGGUGGAUUGAAAGCUGAAGAAAAAGAAGCCCUGGAGAAUUUUCAGAUGAGAUUAACAAAAGCUGAUAAAACAAUAAGUAAUAAUCAGGAACUAGGAUACAUCAGUCAGAAAGAAGAGCCCAAUCAACAAUAUGAAGUCACAAGAAGAAGAAUUGAGAAUAAUAUUAGAGAGUUUUGGGCAUAUGUGAACUCAGAGCUGGUGAAUAUUCAGACACAAGUGAAAAGUCUUGCACCAGAUCUUGUUGGUACAAUUAGUAAUACAAUAAAGCUGGGAAUACAGCAUAAAAGAAGUUUGAUACAUGAUGUGCAGCUAUUGAGUGAUGUGGAUGGCUUUGCAACAUGGAGGGAAAAAGAAAUUAAUGCUCUUAGUGAUAAAGUACAGAACAGAUUUAAAUACCUGCAGAAUCCUAAAGAUUGCAAGAAGGCAAGAAAAUUAGUGUGCAGCUUAAACAAGGGUUGUGGUUACGGUUGCCAGCUGCAUCACGUUGUCUACUGCUUCAUGGUGGCGUACGGCACCGAAAGAACGUUAAUAUUGAACUCAAAAGGAUGGCGUUAUCACCGGCGAGGUUGGGACGAAGUGUUCCUGCCGAUCAGUGACACGUGCACCAGCGCUGUCGGCGAAAGCAUUAAAAAUUGGCCCGGCACUCCUGAUACGCAGGUUCUUUCUCUGCCGAUAAUCGACUCGCUAUCUUCACGUCCGCCUUUCCUGCCUCUCGCUAUCCCUGAGGACUUGUCUCAACGACUAACAAGAAUUCAUGGGGAUCCAAUCGUUUGGUGGGUGGGUCAGUUUUUGAAAUAUCUAUUGCGUCCCCAAGAGAAAACAGCGAAAUUCAUUCAGGAAGCCAUUACGAAUAUGGGUUUCAAGAGGCCUAUUGUUGGUGUACACGUGCGAAGAACUGAUAAAGUCGGGACUGAAGCGUCCUUCCACGGUAUUGAGGAGUACAUGGCUGCUGUUGAAGAAUAUUACAACCAACUGGAGCUCAAAGAACACGUCACGCAACGUAGAAUUUACCUCGCUUCAGAUGACCCGAAGGUCAUCCUCGAUGCGAAAAGUAAAUACCCUCAGUAUGAGAUACUCGGCGAUCCGGAGAUUGCCAAAACUGCCGCCGUUUCAACGCGUUACUCAGACUCAUCGCUGAACGGCAUCAUACUCGAUAUACACAUGCUCUCGAUGAGCGACUACCUCGUGUGCACCUUCUCGUCGCAGGUGUGCCGCAUCGCGUACGAGAUUAUGCAAAACUACUUCCCCGACGCGUCCGACAAAUUCAAAUCGCUUGACGAUAUCUACUACUACGGCGGGCAAACCGCUCACAACCGGAUAGCCGUACUUCCGCAUGAAAGCCAUCGCGCCGGUGAUAUGAGCCUGCAUGUUGGUGAUUUGGUCGGCGUGGCGGGCAACCACUGGAACGGGUUUAGCAAGGGACGUAAUCUGCGCACGCAGCAGAUCGGACUAUAUCCUAGUUUUAAAGUGAAGGACAAAGUGGAAGUGGCCAAGUUUCCCACGUACGCGAAAGCUGAUAAAGGCGCUGAUGUGGAGGAAAAUGAGGAUGAAAAGGAGGAGAACUAACUGUUACGUUUUCCCAGGUUUUUCCGAGAAUACUCAGACGAAAUCGAUGUUCCUUAGAGGUUUUAUUCUGUAAUGCAUUUAUUUUUAGCCACAUUUGUUAGGCUUCGAGAUUUUCGUUCCACGUUUUCUAUUGAUACAACUUUUAUUGACACACUGGUUAUUUAACACUUGAAAAAUUCUCAAAAUCUUAAGAAUCUUUAAUUUUUUUUUAGAUAUUUAUAUGCGACACUUGCGACAAUACGCAGUUGGUGUAUGAAAUUAGCAUUUUUAAUUUGUGCUUAGACAACAUGACAAUUAGCUUAGAUAUAGUAAGUAAUCCGUGUUAGUUAUGUGUAGAUAAAUUCGGCUUGCUUAUUAACUUCAUUCAAAAUGCGAAAAUGAACACCGAAUACAAUAAACAGAUCUAUUUUUAGGAAUACCGUUACUAGUGGAAUUGUCAACAGUGAAUUUAACUGCAUUAAGAAAACUUAAACACAGAAAAAAAAUGUAUAAAAGAGACGUUCUCGUGUAAGACAUGAAAUAAUUAUAUUGUAAAUAUUACGCGGUAAGAAUGACUGAAUUCAUGAUAUAAAUAGAGAGGAAUAUAUUGUAUGUAAAUGACUAUUGUUACGACAUGCCUAGCAAGCGAACCGAACAAAAUCGUAGUGGCACACACACACAAAAACGAACAAACAGGGGUAAUUUAACGUAACGAUGAAAAAAUGUAAUUAAUGUUACAACAUAGUAAUUUAAUUUAAUAUAACUCUUGAUAUUAUUUGGUGCAUUUCUUUGUGUGUUACAUGUUAAUUACUCAAAAAUAUUCUACUUGUAAUGAUUCUGAUUUUAUACGUGCAAUAAUUUUGUUUAUGAAUAGUUUAGUUUAUUACUGCAUUGAUAUUUACAUCAAGACAUCACUCGUGACACAACAACCAUCCAAUACUUUAUCGUUGUGCACGCGGCAUAUAUUUAAUUUGGUAUAUUGUAGUUUAAUUUAAGGAAAUGAUAUUUUACUUUUGUAUAACAAAAAUAAAACGCAGAACAGAUGAUCGUAAUAAAAGAGUGUAAAAGCUGUGAGUACAAAAAUUGA